AUGGAGGCAAUGGUAAACGAUGCAUUUGGGAACUAUAGAGAGCAGGAGACUAAUAUAGACGAAUCACGACCACUAGAGGAACAAGAAGAGGAAAGCAAGGAUUCCAGUGAUUUUCAUGAGUUUAUCAAUGAUGGAAAUCAAACAUUAUAUGAAGGGAAUGAUGAAAAAGAGUUGAAUGCAUGCAAACAUUGUGGAACAUCUCGAUGGAACCCUGAGAAGAAGAAAAAACAACCUUUAAAGGUUCUACGCUACUUUCCGUUAAAACCAAGACUGCAAAGAUUGUUCAUGAGUCGUAAGACUGCAAACCACAUGAGAUGGCAUGCUUCAGAGAUUAAUAAGGAUGGGUUGAUAUGGCAUCCAAGAGAUGGCGAGGCAUGGAAGGAAUUUGAUCUAAGGCAUCCUGAAUUUGCUUCAGAUCCUAGAAACGUUCGAUUGGGACUUGCGACUGAUGGCUUUAAUCCUUUUGGUGCCAUGAGUCUUUCUUAUAGCAUUUGGCCAGUGUUCUUAACUCCGUAUAAUUUUCCUCCUUGGAUGUGUAUGAAACACACCACCUUCAUUUUAUCGAUGAUCAUUCCAAGAAAGGAGGCGCCUGGAAAUAAGAUAGAUGUUUACUUGGAACCCCUUAUAAAAGAGCUAAGUGAGCUAUGGAGUGAUGGUGUAGACACAUUUGAUGCUUCAAUUAAUGAAACUUUUAGAAUGCGGGCAACUCUUAUGUGGACAAUUAGUGACUUUCCGGGCCUAGGUAAUCUAUCUGGUUGGAACACCUAUACUGGUUUGGCUUGCCCAACUUGUAAUUUUGACACAGAGCCUUGUCGUCUCUAUCAUGGUAGUAAGUGGUGUUUUAUGGGUCAUCGUCGUUUUUUAAGCAGGAAUCAUAAAUUUAGAUUUAAUCGUGUCCGCUUCGAUGGAAGUGUUGAGGAACGAAACCCCCCAUCAAAAAAAUCUGGAUCAGACAUUUUGAGAUGCGUUAAUGAGGCACAACAAAAGAUAUUUGGGUUGAAAAGUCAUGAUUGUCAUAUUAUAAUGGAAGAAUUGUUGCCAUUUUCUAGACGCAAAUUAUUGCCAAAUAAUGUUACAGCAGUCUUGGUGGAGUUAUGCUCAUUUUUUAAAGUUCUUUCUAAUAAAAGUCUGGACAUGUCAGAGCUUCAAAUUCUCCAAGAUCGCAUAGUGAUUACACUCUGUCACAUGGAAAUGAAAUUCCCUCCUUCAUUCUUUACAAUUAUGGUUCAUUUAACUGUUCAUCUUAUAGAGGAAGCUAAACUUGGAGGUCCGUCUUUUGGACGUAACAAGGCUCGACCUGAAGGUUCUAUAGCUGAAGGCUACUUAGCUGAAGAGUCUCUUACUUUUUGUUCUCGAUACCUCGAUGAUAUUGAGACUAGAUUCAAUAGACCUAGGCGUGUUUGUGAUGACCCAAAGGAGAACGAGUCUUCCUCUGCAUCAUCUAUCUUUCCUCAUCUUGGUAAACCAGUAGGAGCUUCAUCAACAUUCACUUUAACUCCAAUGGAAAAGUUACAAGCUCAUCGAUAUGUGCUUCUAAAUUGUGAAGUAGUCGCGCCAUUUAUUGAGUGA